AAUUGGACUGGCUUAGUAACCCAAGCUUCUCUACGGAAGAUGCACUAUUACUGCAUCAGCGCACUACAGAAGUUGCAAAUCUCAUCCCUGAAAAAUCACCACUAAUAAGGACUACUUCAAGAUCAGAGUUGUCAGGGGAACGUGAUACAGAUGAGAGUCUGAAACAGUCAAGUAAGAAAAGGAAAAAGAAAAAGAAGAAGCAUCACCACUAUAAGAAGACAAAAAAGAAAAACAAAGGGGACUCCAGUAGCAGCGAAUCUGACCUGGACACUAAGCACAUCAAUGACAAAGCUGCAGGAAGUUCCAGAAAUCAUGAAAAGGAAGCAGCAGGAAAUCUAGAUAAGAAAACAUCCAAUCUUACCAGCAAUCGCUUUGUUUGGCUUGAUGAUAUCCAGACUUUGACAGCAGAAACCUUCAGAAUAGACAAGAAAUCAGACCCCACAAACUGGGCCUACAAAUCCCUGUAUCGAGGGGAUAUAGCAAGGUAUAAAAGGAAAGGGGAGUCCUGUCUUGGCAUAGAUGCAAAGAAACAGUGUAUAACUUGGGACAGUUCUUCAUCAAAAGGGAAGCAAUUACAGAGGCGACCUGAGCGCUACUUCGCAAAGACCAAUGUGAAGAUGCUGAAGACAGAUGGGAUUCCUGUUUGCAAUAAAAGUUCUCCAUCUGACUCAACUGCUUUUAUAUCAGUUUUCCAAAUGGAAACUGAUGAGCCUUCUGACACAACGGAGGUAAAUCCUCUUGGGAUUUAUGAUCCAUCAACUACAGUGUGGCUACAAGGAAAAGGGUGCAAGGAUGCAGACCAUGAGGUUGUAAAUACGCAGCAAACAACUCAAGAGCCUGGGAUAAACAUUAACUCCAUUCUAAUAACAAAAGUGGAAGAACAUAACAAGAAAGUCAGAGAAAACCCAAGAGAUAUUAAUGCUUGGAUGGAGUUUGUUUCUUUUCAGGAUGAAUUAAUGAGAGGACCUAACCUUUAUGCCAGCCAGGGAGAGCAGGAAGUAAGAAGAAAAUCACUGAAGUUAAUCUUAGAAAAGAAACUGGCUAUUUUAGAGAGGGCAAUUGAAAGCAAUCCAGGUAAUGUGGAACUGAAACUUGCCAGGCUGAAGAUUUGCACAGAAUUCUGGGAACCACCAGCAUUGAUCAAGGAAUGGCAGAAGCUAAUUUUCUUACAUCCCAAUAAUCCAGAGCUCUGGAAAAAGUAUCUCCUCUUCUGUCAAAGUCAGUUCACUACCUUUUCUGUUUCAAAAAUCAAUAGUCUCUAUGGAAAAUGUUUGACUACAUUGGCAGCUGUACGGGAUGGGAGCAUGGUAUCACAUCCUCUACUGCCUGGUACAGAAGAAGCUAUGCUAG